GACAGAGUCCGAGAGCGCGGUCGGUGGACAUGGUCGGACGCUUGUUCCCGGCUCUGGUAUGUGCAGCGGCGGCGGCGGCGGCGGCGGCGGCCCCCAACUGCACUGUGGCCGCCAUCGAGCAGUUCCCGCGGCCCCUCAUGAGCCCCGAAUUCCGCAAGCAGGGAGGCAUCGUGGUGCACGUGCUAGCCGCUCUCUACAUGUUCGCGGCGCUGUCCAUAAUCUGCGAGGACUACUUCGUGCCUUCACUGGAGGUCAUAUGCGACGUGCUGCACGUGGACCCGGACGUGGCUGGAGCGACGUUCAUGGCGGCGGCCAGCUCGGUUCCCGCUAUAGCCGCCUCCAUAAUCGCCAUCAUGGUGGCCAAGGGCGAAAUGGGUGUAAGCACAGCACUCGGUUCGGCCGUGCUGAAUGCCGCAGGCGUCAUCAGUGUGAGCGCACUUUUUGCUGGAAAGGUGGUGGUGCUGCACCGCUGGCCAAUGUAUCGUGACAGCGUGUUCUUCUUCGCAAGCGUCGUUGUCCUCUUGGUUGCUCUGCAGGACGAAGCCAUCAGCCGAGUGGAGUCGAUUCUAUUGUUAGCUGCGUACGUGGUGUAUGCGGUGUUCAUGUGCUUCGACAGCAAAGCUGAAGCGUUCUUCCUGCGACACCUGGCUUUCCUGCGCGACGAGCCCCCGGCGUCCAGUCCGGCCGAGCCAGCGCCAGUGCCAGUGCGCCGCCGUGCCAGCCGCGGCCUCGUGCUCAGCAGCGGGGCGUCGGCAGCGCCUCGGGCGCGCAGCCUGGACGCGCAGCAGAGCGCCAGGCCGCCGCCGCCUCCGCCGCGGCGCAGCCUCGCACUGGACCCGAACCGGCGCCGCCUGUCGCUCAUAUCACUGCGCAGCCGAAGUGCCAGCUGCGAUCAGCGGGAGGCCGAAAGCAAGGGCGUUCCGGACGCCCAAGGUGACCACGUGGCCGCGCUGGAGGAGAUGGCACGCCGAGCAAACGCACCGGCCUCCUCGGCGUUGGCGCCACCCCGUGGAUGCUUCCCGCGGCUCCUGUGGCCUGUGCUGUUGCCGCUCAACACGCUGCUGUUCUUCACUGUGCCAGACUGUAAGCGCAAUCGCUGGCGCAACUGGUUCCCACUCACCUUCCUCAUGAGCACCGUGUACAUCUCGGUCUUCUCGUACUUGCUCGUCUGGAUCAUCACCAUCAUAGGGUUCACUCUGGACAUCCCCGAUACCGUGAUGGGGCUGACGUUCCUGUCGAUCGGAGUGACACUUCCCGACGUGGUUGCCAGCCUGUUGGUGGUGCGCAGGGGAUUCGGUGAUAUGGCGGUGUGCAACGCGCUUGGCAGCAACAUCUUCGAGAUUCUGGUGGGGCUCGGCCUUCCCUGGUUUAUCAAGACCGUUCUGCUCACUCCAGGGACGCCGGCCGUCGUACAUGGGAAAGGUUUGGCCUACUCGACCGCCUGCCUGCUGUCGACUGUUGUGUUUCUACUGCUGCUGACGCAUUUGAACAAAUGGCGCAUGAACAAGACCUACGGCGCCAUCCUGAUGGGCUGGUACCUGAUCUUUAUGGUGGUAGCCUGCCUCCACGAGCUCAACGUCUUCGGAUACAUCAAUCCUCCUUCCUGCAAUAGUGAUUACUGAGUAACAACGCAACUAUGUAGUGCAUGGCGCUAAAGUGUGCCGUGUUUAACAAACACCUGCGAGGCAACUCUUGUGCGUCCCGCACCGUGGCGUCACGACGCUUGGCGGGUGCAUGUUUUUGCAUAGCAUGAUUUUCAUUGCAAACCACAGUCAUGUCAUGCGACGGGUAGGCCUGAAACAUACCUAGGGGGUGUCAGUUUAACGCGCCAGCACGGAAGCAUGGCUCGCAGAACUUGGCGACCACAUGAAAUCGAAAGCGGCCGCAACACUCUAGCACCAAAUGCGUCAAUAAAGUGCACCAUCCUAGUUCUUUCAAUAACGUGUGAGCGCUGACUGGACAAUUAACACUGUGUGACGAGGAACGGCAAUGGAGCAGGUGAGAGGUCGCCCACGCGAAAACGUUAGUUGUCGUUCGUCAGGCUUCCUUCCUAAGCGCUCUGCUAUUCCUGUUGAUUAUCAGGUCGUAGUGACGAGGCACAGUCCCAGAAAGCACCUAUCGAAAUACUAUCGAUCAUUGCAGUGUCUUACGUUUAAAGCGAGUUUUAUGCGUGUGCGUGCCUUUUUCGCAUUGUAUGUGUCUGUCUGAAGGAAGUAGGGAGGCCUGGAAUAUGAGCCGGGAAUGCGCUGCCGUCCCAUUUUCUAUAUAUUCUGUUUCAGCCCACAUCUCGUAGCUGCGGGGGCGUUCGUUGUUACAGAGCCACCAGGUUUCACAAACGACCCUUGACUCUGCGCUCUUCUUCGACUCGAUCGUGAUUAGUAUCUCUGUAUAUGCACGGACACUAAUCGGCAAUUCAGUUCCAGUGACAUUAAAGACCAACUCCAACGAAAUUUCACCUUGUCUAAAUUUGUUAUUAAAGGAGUAGUAUAUACUACUGAAGCUAUCUUGGCAA